AUGACGACGAUGAGCCAUGCUGCCGUGCUCAGCAUGCCACCGAUAACGUCGGACGACUACGUGCUCGACCCGCGCAAAUCGAUGCCCGACUACCGUCGCGAAAUCUACGACCUGCUGCAAUUUCUCGACGAGGAGCAAGACAAGAUCGAGAAGCAACUCGCUCGUUUCUCAGCACCUGCGUCAUCACAGAGACACCCCACACGACGCCGGGCCAGGCGCGAACAAGACGACGGAUUCUCCGCCUCAGAGGAUGAAGCAGACGACGACUUUGUGGUUGUUGAGGACGUCAAUGCUGCGAGUCGCAAAAAGCAACUCCUGUCCCAAUUGCAGCAGCUCUGGAGGACAAGAGACGCCCUGCGCAAACGAGCGAAGCAGCUCAACAUCCGCAUCGACAGCUUGGUCCACGGCAAAGGGUCGGGUCUCAUGAGCCUCGAGGACUUCUCGCACGAUGAUACCGAUUUCAAUGGCCACGAUGAUCACGACGAGCUCUGA